AUGUCGGCGUCUGUAGUGUCCGUGAUCUCGCGGUUCUUAGAAGAGUACUUGAGCUCUACACCGCAGCGUCUGAAGUUGCUGGACGCGUACCUCCUGUAUAUACUGCUGACCGGGGUGCUGCAGUUCGGUUAUUGUCUCCUCGUGGGCACUUUCCCCUUCAACUCUUUCCUUUCAGGCUUCAUCUCUUGUGUGGGAAGCUUCAUCCUGGCGGUUUGUCUGAGAAUACAGAUCAACCCACAGAACAAAGCAGAUUUCCAAGGCAUCUCUCCGGAGCGGGCCUUCGCUGAUUUUCUCUUUGCUAGCACCAUUUUACACCUUGUUGUAAUGAAUUUCGUUGGCUGA